UCAUGCUCGCUAUCUUGUYRGGUUYAAUUUUAUUUCUAUUUGCAUUACAUUGUGUUAUAAGAUAUAGAAGAGUCGGAAGACUUUUAAGUCUUAUUCCAGGACCACAGGAAUAUCCAAUAAUUGGAAAUAUGCAUCAUUUACAAGGUGACGAUGAUAUUUUACUUGAAAAACUAUGGAGAAUAGAUAAUGAGUAUUAUCCAAUCUAUAAAGUAUGGACUUUAUUUUUUCGUUCAGUAGUUUUACUCGAUCCCGAAGAUAUUCAGGUACUAUUAAAGAGCACUGAACAUAUUGAAAAAGGAGUCUUUUACAAAUAUCUUAUGCCCUGGCUUUCUUCUGGAUUACUAACUAGCAGCGGUGAAAAAUGGCAUAUACGACGGAAARUGUUAACUCCUGCAUUUCACUUCAAUAUCCUUAAACAUUACUUUAUUAAUUUAAUUGAGGAAUCACAAAAUCUCGUCGAAUCUAUUAAAAAGGAAGCAGAUGGAAAUCCUAUUGUUAAAGAUUUACGGACAUUUAUCAGCAAGUACACUCUCAACGCAAUAUGCCAAACAGCUUUGGGUACCCAAUUGACAGGAAAGAGCGAGCAGGGAACUAAAUAUCGUAAUGCUGUUCAUGUUUAUGGCAGAACUGCUGCAUAUAGAUUUACGAGACCUUGGUGCUAUUACGAUAUUAUAUUUAGRCUUACAUCACAUGGUAGACUACAAAAAGAAGCGUUAAAAACGUUGCACAGUUUUUCGAGAAAUAUUAUUGCGGAAAGGAAACGUUUUCACAAAGAAACUAAUGGGAAAUAUUUGCUAAUCAAUGAGAAUAUUGAGAAGGAUGACGUUUCUAAUAAGAAUCCGGAGAAGGACGAUGAGUAUAUGCCGUACAAGAGAAGACUUUCUUUGUUAGAUCUGCUCAUAGCCGCAUCUUGGAAUAAUAAUCAAAUAGAUGAGGAAGGAAUUCGUGAAGAAGUUGAUACUUUCACGUUUGGAGGUCACGACRSUACUGCAARURCACUGACUUUUGCUUUGAGUCUUUUUGCUAAGAACAAAGAUGUUCAGGAAAAUAUAAGAGACGAGAUAAAAUCGAUUAUGAGUGAUGAUAAUAAUUUGACGACCUCGUCGUUUCAAAAACUUUCGUAUUUGGAGAGAUGUUUAAAAGAAACGCUUCGUUUGUAUCCAACCGCUCAUGUAAUUUCUCGGCAAAUUUCUCAUGAUUUGCAGCUAAAACAUUAUUUAAUUCCAUCUGGUACGAUGUUGGGAGUUAACGUUUACAGCGUGCACAGACGUUCAGAAUAUUGGCCAAAUCCAAAUGUUUUUGAUCCGGACAGAUUUUUGCCGGAAAAUAUUAAAGGACGUCAUCCCUAUGUCUACAUACCAUUUAGUGCAGGACCGAGAAACUGUAUUGGUCAGAAGUUGGCAAUGCUCGAGCUUAAAGUCUUCGUAGCUUUUAUAUUGUACAAUUUUGAGCUGGAACCGGUUGAUGAGCUAGAUGACGUUACGUUUUCGGCAGAUCUCACUUUGACCUCGUCUAAAGCACUUCGAGUKAAAUUUAUACCAAUUACAUAGUUAUUCUUAUACAUAUUAAACUCAAAGGACUGAAACAAAUAUCGAAAAUACAUGAAAUAAAAUGAUCGAAUAAAUAGAAAGGAGAAAAGAAA